CCAGUCAGUACUGACUAGAGAAAGUGCAGAGAGAAGCCAAAGGAAGAGCUGAUCAUUGGGCUGACAACGCAAACAGUGAAAACACAUCAUCAUGUCAGCUCCACCGCCGGUUGAGCCUCUGUCAAUGAACGUAGCCAGCAGGAGUGUCAGGAUUCAGAUCACCAACCAAACCAACAUCUACACUCUGAUGAACCCACAGGUAGCCAUGAUGAGUGGGGUUGUCUAUGCCCGACCUGCAUCCACAGUCAAGCCCAUGGAGAGUGAAGUCAGCUCCUUCAUUAAAAAAAGCAUAUGGCCAACAGGCAGUGUUGGUGUUAUGACCUAUGAAUUGCAAAGUGACAACAGCUCCAAAGACGAGAUCUUAGCCAUCAUGUUCUCUGUGCCCUUUGACUACAUGGUGUACAGUAACUGGUUUGGUGUGGAGUUCUAUGAUCAUGGCCGUGCCUGUGACGAGAAAUUGUUCGAUGAGAUGGAGGAUGAAAGAAGAAGGAUGUGUGGCUCAGAAAUCUACUCUGAAGGAAAGUUCCUCAAGGUGAAGGCCAAAAUGCUUGACCAGGCCAACAGCGUCCUCACGGUGGAGCUAUCAACAAGAAAAUGAACACAUACUUCUCUUGAAGACCUCUGAGGUACUAGGAAGUAUGGAAAUCCCCUGAUCAAUUAAGUGAACUUGGCUAAUCUUUACUACCUAUCAUGUUAAUUAAUGCUUGACGGGAAAAUAUUUUACUUUGUCUUAACCUACAUGUAUGAACACCAGUAUGUAAUAAUCACUCUGUUAAACCUUUACUUCUAACUAUUUCUGUCUUCAUUAAAUUUGGGUUUACAAUAAACCUGUAUUGUGAACCCAGUUUCAAGACUUCAGUCCACC